AUGGACAUGGACGAUGAUAUUGCGGCAGAAAAGCAAAGGCUGACUUCUCUGUACGGCGAGCUCCUGUUUAGCAGGUUUAUGGAGUUCUUGCUGUCAGACGUGCCCAAGAUUUGGCAGACUUCAGCCGCAUGCUGCGCGCAUCCCGCGGAGAUGCCUGCUGAGCAGGCUGAGCCUGCUGCACAUGCAAAAACGAAGGGCAAGAGGGUGAAAGCGAAGGCCAAGGGAAGGGCUACUCCCAGGCAGUGCCCUACUCCUGUGGGCCUACUUGCACAGCCUAGCGAUGCGCAGCAGUUGCACGUGGCGUCUGCCGGGACCGUUUGCGUGGACGUCUCGAAGUUUGGAGACCGAAUCUUACCGAUUUGUUUGUGGGGCCAGCCGUUGUGA